AUGACAAACGUGGACACUAGCAUCCUUGAUCACGCGACUGGCCGCGCAGCCGAGCUCGUCAAGGCCCACUCUGCCGAGCAGCCUCUCAAGCUCUACGCCGGCUGGUUCUGCCCAUUUGUGCAGCGGUCGUGGAUCGUGCUUGAGGAGAAGCGCAUCCCGUACCAGUACAUCGAGAUCAACCCGUACCACAAGUCGCCCGACUUCCUGGCCCUCAACCCACGCGGGCUCGUCCCCACCCUGGCCGUACCCCAUGCCACCAGCAGCACAGGGGACGAGGGGCAGACCAAGCCCCUGUACGAGAGCACCAUCAUCGACGAGUACCUGGACGAGGCGUACGCCGACCAAUCCACCCACGGCCCGCCCCUCCUGCCCCGGGACCCCUACCAGCGCGCGCGCUGCCGCAUCUGGAUCGAGCACUGCGGCAAGAUCGUAGCCGGCUUUUACAAAGUCCUGCAGCACACGCCCGGCAAGUCGAACUACAGCGCCGAGGAGGCGCGCGAGGCGUUUUGCGGCGCUGUCAAAAUGCUCGUGGAGCACAUGGCCGACGACGACGGCGGGCCUUGGUUUCUCGGUCCGGAGUUUAGCCUCGUCGACGUCACGCUGGCGCCGUUUGCGCGCAGGCUGUGGCUGCUCGACCACUACAAGCCAAACUGGGGUGGCAUCCCGGAUGGUGGCGACGAGGAAAAGAGGAUCGCGCAGAGGUGGAGGGUCUGGGUCGAUGCCUGCCUGGCUAGGGAGAGUGUGGUCGCGACUUCAAGCGACGACGCGGCUUACAUUGAUGUCUAUCGCCGCUAUGCGGAGGAUAAAACGAAUUCAAAGGUUGCGCAGGCGACUAGGAACGGGGAUAGGUUGCCGUGA